AAGUACCUAGGCACUUUCAACAAAUGCGGGCAAUCCUGCUCUCAAAAUCUACUUUCGCGUCCACUUAAAGGUUUCGACUCACCUUCAUAUUCAAAACCUAAACUCCGCUUCUUUUCUGCCAUCCUCUUCCAACAACAUUCUUCCUCAAGGUCGUUUCAAAAUAAGUGAAAUCAAACAACACACAAUGCUGUCAGAUGAUAAUUCCAGACAUCUUCUGUAUGUUUGCGCAGGCCUCAGUACGUUCACAGCCUACAAGCACACAUCUCUAGGCUUCAGUGAUCUUUUCCCCAAAAUUGAUCGCGGACUCGGCUCUUCAGAGCUUCUGACGGCCUUCUCCGCAAAAAGCAAUUUCCUGCAGGUUGGCGCUUCUUGGGCUCUCAUCGGAAUCCUCCAGCUCAAAUGGGCCAAGUAUGGUUUGAAUACUGGCUAUGAUAAGGCAAUUCUUGGAUGGUAUGGAGCUUAUUCUUUCGCGUUUGGAUUGGGUAGCUUCUUGAAAGGCGUGUAUGUACCUCUGGUUCCUGUUUGGCUUAUCCCCGCACUCACUGUGCUAAGCCAAUUCUGAAAUGGGCGAUAAUGUUAGAAGUAAAGUUUUUCAGGAAGUAGUUAGAAUCUGAAACUUACGAAAGCUACGCGCGUUACUAAGCGGUUUAUGAAUUUGAAGUUUUCUAUUACUAUAAAACUCUAUAAUAAGAAAACUAAAUUACUAUAAUAAUUAGUACAUCGAAUAUAAAAGUAAAACGAAUAGUAUUU